AUGAGGAAGCCCUGCCUUCUGGUGGCGGUGCUACUACCCCUGGUCGCUGCCGGUGCUCGACCACCGGCUGCCGUGUUCGAGGAUGUGUUCGAGCUGGGGCGUCCCAAUGCAGCUUUCCUGGCCACGACCGAUAGCCACAGUGGCAUGAAGGCGUACCUGCGCAAGAAGAAGUACCGCCAGCUGCGGGAUCCGGUCCCGCAGGCGUCGACGAUGGCCGCGUACACGGCCGCCCACGAGCGCUACCAGAGCCUGGAGGAGAAGCGCAACGAUCGCAUCCGGAUGGAGAACCUCCGGCAGCUCGCUUCGGUAUCGUCGGUGCGGACCAAGCGCCUGGAACCGCAGCCCACAGCUCGGCCUCAGCAGCGGUCGAAGCAACCGAAGCGCAUCGACAUCGUGCCACGCGAGGUGUUCAAGUUCGAGCUGGCCGACGCAAUGAUCACACCGCUCGAACUCCCGGACCAACCGACGGGCGAUGCGUCCAAAGCCCGCACGAAGCGAAACGAUCCCGGAAGCGAGCGGGUGGAACCGGUUCCGCGGGAAAUCUUCCGGUUCGAGCUGGGUGAUGCGAUGGUCUCACGGCGACACGCGGCAAAGUCGCUGAACACUAGUGGCCCCGCUGCCGUCCCUCCAUUCCACAGUCGUCAUCGUCGGUCGGCAAACGCCGAUCCGCGGGAUUACGUCAAGUUCGAGCUGGAAGAUGGCCGAACGGCUGAGGGUUAUCGAGGUGCCCGAGCCCGGACACCGGAAAACCUACGCCACCCGUUCACGUCAUCCGACAGCUACCGGCGCGGCAAGGUGUUCGACGAGAUCGUCGAACGUCCCGGCCGGCGAAGGGCAGUUCCGCGGAAGGAGAAACGGGACAGUGGCACUCAGGAAGCUCAGAUCCAGGAGGCGGAGCAGGGGGAGCAAGGGGAGGAGCCGGUGGCGGACAUGAGUCCGGAGGAGUCGCGGCGCGUCCGGGUGCGAGGCCGGAAACCGAAGCAGAUCGCCAACUACGAGGAUCUGCCACCCGGCGUCCAGAAGGCGAUCGACAUCGCGAUCAAGGAGAACGAGCGCAUGAACGGCGCGGUGAUGACGGUGGUGGCGGCGGGGGAAACGGGGACACUCGCGGUCACGUCAUCCACCCCGUCGAGCUACCAGUUCGGGGACAAGAAGCCGAAAACGAAGAAACCGUACAGUGCCGCCGUCACGACCAAGAUCACGGAGCCGAAGUUUGUGCCGAGCGCGAAGCUGUCCGAAACGAGGCUGCCGGCGGUCGAGGAGGAGUCCAACGGUCUGACCGGGUUCCUGCCGAGCCAGGGAGCACCCGUCACUGGAGCGCCGGAGUCAGCGACCAGCAAGCAGCCGCAAGGACCGAACACGUUGCCGGGCAUCCCGAAGGCGUGGUGGUCAUACUCGGACCUGAGGCGCCCCAAGCGCCUCUACCACAAGGCCGCGUACCAACCGCAUCACCACCAGGCCCCGCUGGUCGUAAGCCCGCAGUACGUGAACACCUUCAAGCCGCAGCAAGGACCAGAACCGAGCGGGAGCGGGAAUGAACUGUCGGCUGGGUACCAUCGGAGGCCCGCUCUGUUUACGCCAACUUCACCGCCCGGAGGUCGUACCGCGUCGUCCGAAGUGGCCGGGACCGGGUUCGGUCCUUCGGACGAGGUCUACAUCAAGGAGCGACCCAAGAUUCAGUACGUCAUCAAGGAGAUUCCGGUGCAGGUGAAGCAACCGCGCACGAAGAUCACCGUCCAGCCGAGCAUCUCGAUCUCGUACGACAAGGACGUGACGGGUCCGGGGACAGGGCCCGCCGACCGGGGAUACGACAACCCGUACGGGCCGAUCGAGCUCCAGUACGAGCAGCCGGCGGUCACCAAAGAGCCGCCCAAGUCGUUCCAGAACAUGAAGAUUGUGGUGCCCGAUCCGCACGACGAUUCCCGGGAGCACCAGGAGCGGGAGUACCAGUACGAGAGCUACAAGACCUCGAACGAGAUCGACACGACGGGGAGCAGCAUCGCGGCCCUGUCGGCCCUGAUCGGACAGCGGCCCAGCGUGCAGCUGCAGGGUCUCAGCGAACUCCUCCACAUGCCGGUCGCGAUGGGUGGCCACGCCUCGCAGCGACGCCCCCAGGAUAGUACGGCCCCGAUCACGUUCCCCGAGUCAUCGACGCCGGCCGCACCGACACCGAAGCCAUCGCGUCCCGGCUACCGCUCGGUCCAGAUCGACCACGGGCCGAAGAUCCUGUACGAAGACGACAGUCUGUACCGCACGGUGCAGAUGAACCCGCAGCUCCAGGUACCGACGGGCAAGGAGUACACCCCGAUCAAGGAGCUGGUGGCGGAUGUGGCCGAUGCGGACCUGAUCGGUCCAACGAUCGCUCCACCGACCCACGCUACCUACGUCAUCGGGACGGGCCGGCAACCGUCGACGCCGGCCCCGAUCGUCGAGCACCACGCCGAGUUCGACGAGGAAGAGGCGGGCCACGAGUCCAACGCGUACCGGCACGUGAACGUACACAGCACUCCGUCCCCGCUCGUCCUGGGCGAUGGCCUUGCCGCCGCUCGCUAUCAGGAGCAACACCAUCACCACCAUCACCAUCAUCACCACGACGGCAGCAGUGACGAGCACUACGAUGACUCCGAAGGAUACGCGUUCGGGUAUCGGGUGCGCGAUUUCCACACCGGCAACGAUUUCGGCCACGUGCAGAACCACGACAACGGUGUGACGCGCGGCGAGUACCAUAUCCUGCUGCCGGAUGGACGGGUCCAGAACGUGCGGUACACGGCCGAUGAGCAGGGUUUCCACGCUGACGUCACCUACGAGAGCGUUCACCAGCCGCAGUGA